AUGGCCACCACGGAUUUCUCCACUAUCAACAUAGACUGGUUAGAUACGUGGUCAUAUUUCCCUCCUGAUGAAGAAGAUGCGCCGGCUGCCAUUUCAUCACCUGUAUCUUCCGCCGCGACUCCGCCAUAUGAGUUCAACUCUAUUGACGAUUGGUUCGAUGCAUACCUGUCAUCAUCUUCAGAAGACGAAAGUUCCGGACAGUCGACGUGUAACUCUGACUUAGACUGCACUACAGACGAUGAUGUAAGUUCUUGUCAGUACGAUUUGGGAUCUAAUUUGAACUACAGUUUCGGCGCUGAUUCCUCUCACGAUGCCUCAGACGCAUUCUCAAUGUCCAGCGAAGACUAUCGUGACGACGCGGACGUCGAGCUAAGAGAAAUGCCUUUACUCGGGUCGAUCCGUAUAUCGGGCGACGUCCACGUGCACUCAUUGUAUUCUUCCAGGGCUCGUCCUCAAUGGUUACGCGAUGGUUUGCAUCGUUCAGUAUCUCGUAGGCAACAAGACGAACUAUUAAAGGAGUUCCGCCAGUCACCAAAUCCCAGUACGAAAAGGAUGCGAGAAUUAGCAAAUAGUCUCGGUAUGACAUUCUCCACCGUAAACACGUGGUUUUUUGAUCGUCGUUGCGUGAUGCGCAGAGCUCGACAAGGGUUAUCUCUACGCCACGACCCCUGUAUACCCAGUGUCGAGGCCUUCGGUGCUCCAAGAAGAAGCAGCUAG